AUGGGUAUCCGGAACGUCCUCGCCACGGCCAUUGCCAGCCUUCCGGUCAUUAAUGCUGCCAUCCCAAGCAUUCCGGGGUUCACCCUCACCUGGGGUGAUGACUUCAUUGGCUCUGCCAACAGCCUUCCCAGCACUUCCAACUGGAUCAUCGACACCGGCACGAGCUACCCUGGAGGGCCUGCCAACUGGGGAACAGGAGAGAUCCAGACUUAUACGAGCAGCACCAACAAUCUGAAGCUGAACGGCAAUGGGGCUCUCCAGAUCACAGCGAUCAAGAGCUCCUCCGGUGCUUGGACCUCUGCCCGUAUUGAGACGCAACGUAACAACUUUGUUGCGCGCGCUGGUGGUAAGAUGAGAAUCCAAGCGAGCCUCAACCUACCCAACGUUGGCAGCAAUGGCAUUGGAUACUGGCCAGCCUUCUGGACUCUCGGCAGUGCGUACCGGGGAAAUUACCAGAAUUGGCCUUCUGUAGGGGAGUUCGACAUCAUGGAGAAUGUUAACGCCAUCAACCGCGUGUGGGGCGUGAUGCACUGUGGUGUGAACCCAGGCGGGCCAUGCCGCGAGACAGACGGCCUCGUGGGCUCACGUGAGUGCCCGGGAAGUCCAUGUCAGGGAAACUUCCACACAUACACCCUCGAGGUUGACCGCUCCCAGGAGCUUGAGGCCGUGCGGUGGUUCGUCGAUGGCAUUCUGUUCUGGCAGGUCGUCGAGACAGACCUGCCUGCCGAUACUUGGGCCCAGGCUGUUCACAACCCUCAUUUCAUCCUGCUGAACCUGGCCAUUGGUGGUGCUUUCCCAAACAACAAUUACGGAAGCGCUACCCCGCUGGCGAACACUGUCAGCGGCGGCACGCUGCAGGCUGAGUACAUCGCUGUUUACAACAACUAG